AUGAAUGGUACGGAUGGCACUACAAUGGGCUCAUUUCUAUCUCGAUCGGCCACUGUUUAUAUAUUUCAAGGGGACGCGUGCAAAUCAUUUCACAUCAAAUACAAGACCGACUCUUCUGUGAGAGGAAUAUCGACCUAUCGUUUUGUUUUCCCGCAAUCGUUGUUCGCCUCUCCGGACAAAAACGCCGACAAUCGAUGCUUUUGUCGGACACCCGCUCAUUACGAGCAGUGCGACGGCAUAUUUGACCUAGGUCCCUGUCAAAUGGGCGCACCCCUCGCCUUCUCUUUUCCUCAUUUUCUUUACGCGAGUAAUACUAUUAGAGGAGGCGUUGAGGGCUUAACACCGCUUAUCGAUAAACACGAAAGUUUCUUUGAUAUCGAACCG